AUGUCAGGUUUGAAUUGGACCAAUUUACAUCCUACCACCUUCAUUCUAAUUGGCAUCCCAGGGCUGGAAACUCUCCACAUCUGGAUCUCCAUUCCCUUCUGCUUUGUAUACAUGCUGGCUCUUUUGGGAAACUUGUCUCUUCUGUUCAUCAUCAAGACUGACCCCAGACUUCAUGAGCCAAUGUAUCUUUUCUUCUGCAUGCUGGCAGCUGCUGACCUGAUUAUUUGCACCACUGCCAUGCCCAAGCUCCUCAGUCUCUUCUGGUUCAAAAACAGGGAAAUCUCCUUUGAAGCUUGCCUCAUACAAGUGUUCCUGAUCCAUUCCAUGUCCAGCAUGGCAUCUGGUUUCAUCUUAGCAAUGGCCUUUGACCGUUAUGUGGCCAUUUGCAAACCCUUAAGACACUCAACUAUUUUGACUCAUAAGGUCAUUGUGGGAAUUGGGUUGGCUAUUGUCCUCCGAGGAGCUGUGUUCUUCAGCCCUCAUCCCUUUCUCUUGAAAUGGCUUCCAUAUUGCAGGACCAACAUCAUUUCUCACACCUAUUGUGAAUUCAUGGCCCUGAUUAAGUUGGCCUGUGCCCCAACCAGAGUCCGUAGAGCUUAUAGUCUAAUGGUUGCUUUUCUUACUGGGGGUCUGGACUUCAUAUUGAUAAUCUGUUCCUAUAUUUUUAUUCUAUAUGCUGUCUUCUGCCUCCCCUCAAAGGCUGCCCGGCUUAAGGCAUUGGGCACCUGUGGCUCUCAUGGGUGUGCCAUCUUAGUUGGAUAUACUCCAGCUUUCUUCUCUUUCCUCACUCAUAGAUUUGGUCACCAUGUUCCUCCCCAUGUCCACAUCUUUGUGGCUAACAUUUACCUUUUGGUUCCACCUAUGCUGAAUCCCAUAAUCUAUGGGGUAAUGACAAAGAGGAUACGGGAAAGAUUCCUCCAAAUUCUAAGCCCUCCAAAGUUCUAA